AGCUUGGAACACGAGCGGCCUCUUGUGGCAAAGAUAGAUAUAAUUUAAAUCUGUGUCCCUGAUACAGAGGGCGAUGGAAAAGGCUGCCUGCCUGAGGAAAUUCUGCUUCUUUUUCAGAUUGAAAUAGCGACAGUGAUGCCUUUGGAGAACAGAGAGCUCCUCACCCCGCCCCCACAGCCAGAGGAGGCUGAAGAGGAGGAGGAGGAGUCCACCCCUAGGCUGAUCGAUGGCUCUUCCCCUCAGGAGCCGGAAUUCACAGGGGUUCUGGGCCCACACACCAAUGAAGACUUUCCAACCUGCCUUCUGUGUACUUGUAUAAGUACCACCGUGUACUGUGAUGACCAUGAACUUGAUGCUAUUCCUCCGCUGCCCAAGAACACUGCUUAUUUCUAUUCCCGCUUUAACAGAAUUAAAAAGAUCAACAAAAAUGAUUUUGCAAGCCUAAAUGAUCUAAGAAGGAUUGAUUUGACAUCCAAUGUGAUAUCUGAGAUUGAUGAAGAUGCGUUCAGAAAGCUGCCUCAACUCCGGGAGCUUGUCCUCCGUGACAACAAAAUCAGGCAGCUCCCAGAACUGCCGACCACUUUGACAUUUAUUGAUAUUAGCAACAAUAGACUUGGAAGGAAAGGAAUAAAACAGGAAGCAUUUAAAGAUAUGUACGAUCUCCAUCAUCUCUACCUCACCGAUAACAACUUGGACCACAUCCCUCUGCCACUCCCAGAAAAUCUGCGGGCCCUUCAUCUCCAGAAUAACAACAUUCUGGAGAUGCACGAAGAUACCUUUUGCAAUGUUAAAAAUUUGACAUAUAUUCGUAAGGCACUUGAGGAUAUUCGACUGGAUGGGAACCCUAUCAAUCUCAGCAAAACUCCUCAAGCUUAUAUGUGCCUACCUCGUUUGCCUGUUGGGAGUCUGGUCUAAUUUCAGAUAGCAGUUAGAGUUAUGAUGCCUACUAUAGAAAAACAGUUCUCUCUUAAAAAGAAAACUCAGCAUGGUAUUUUCAAAUUGUAUACUGAAAGGUGACAUAAUUACAUAAAAUGCAGCUAUAAGUUUUAAUAUAUGAUAGCAAUUUACUAAUCUAAGAAACACCAAAAGAAUCAGGAAUAAACCAAAAGAUCUAUAAAAAGAGCAAAACUAAAGACAGAAAAUAUUUCACAGAUAUUCUUGUAAAUCACUUGUA